AUGUCGGCUGGUGGUGCUGGGCAGCAGCCGGCACCAACACCCACGCCGGUGCAUCCAGCAGGAGCAGCGACUCCAGCUCCAGCAUCGUCGCCAAAGCCCGCCGCGUCCAAGCCUCCAAGGCCACGCAAACAACCGGUCCAGACCGAGAACUGGGAUGACGACUUUGAGUUCCCUGUCAAGCCAAAGCAGGCAGCAGCGACAUCAACACCUCGGCCCAUCGUCACUCCCAAACGCGAGUCUCUUGGCCUUUCAGAGGGCUCUCGCGGCAACAGCUGGCGCUCGAGUUAUGACAGCCCCGACAGCUUUGACGAAGACUGGGACGAGCCGGGCCCGUCCCGGACGCCAACAGCGUUCAGGCAGCAGCUGGCAAAGGCAACGCCAGUAAUGUUGGCCACCAGCCCAACGACUCAUCUUCAGCUGCCCCGGUCGUCCAACUCGCACUCGCCAUCAUUACCCUCACCCUCAACCCCGUCAAACGGUUCGCACCGCAACCUCGUUCCCACGACUGCCGCUGCCGCAGCCACCGCCGUGUCGCCGUCCAAGCCCACGCCGCGCCGAAGCAGCGACGGAUCGCCUGUCAGCACGCAACGAGCCAAACUAGGCAAGAGAUCGUCGGCCAGCUUGGUGCCAGCCGAACAGGCCACUGCAGCCAGCACGAGCGAAGCAAACCUACUCACCGCGCACGGCCUAUCACCAGCACAUCGGAGCUCACCCAAUCUCCUGCAUGUCACGCCAGACGGUCGGUCACCACUGACUCGUGCGAGAUCAAACUCGAAACCCUCGACACCAUCCCCGCUCGGGUCUGGCGUCGAGCUCGCUGAGCCGAGGCGCGUGCCCAGCCCCACCAAGGGCAAGCCGCUCCCCAAAUCGAGCCCAAGUGCCGUGUCCCUCGUGUCCAACAAGUCGCCUGCGUCCACACAUGGCUCCAUCGCCCCCUCGCGCGCCUCUAGCAAGUCGCCAGAGCCAGAAAAGGGCAAGAAGCCGCGGUUCUGGAAGCGCUUGUCGGCGGGUCCGAGUACAGCGUCACCAGACGGGUCGUCUUCAUCAUCAUCAUCACCGUUUAGAAGACGACGUAGCACGUCUGCAGUCAACCUCGCCCCUGCUAGCUCGGUGUCGCCACCCGUGCCCCCUUUACCACCCCUGCCUGUCAACUUGAGAUCGUCGAGUGCUCACUCAACCGGAUCGGCCCAUACGCCCUCGCCAGUGAAAAAGACUGGGAGACCGUCGACUGCAGGCAGCAUUGGGAGCAGGCCUGCGGUCACUCCUUUCGGCGCUAGAUCAUCCAGCAGCCUCGUACAGCAGCCCCGCGAGUUUCGAGCCCUCACAGCGUCGCCAGUGCCGUUCCCAUACUCGACACCCAAUGGGCCAGCCAGCUCGUCGUCCGUCAACAUGGCGGCGUCGCCGCACUCGUCACGCUUUGCUCCCAGUCCGACAAAGGCCGUAGAGGACGAGGCCCAAGCGUCGGCUCGGCCACGCACCUUUUCUCCUGGCUUUCAUCUGCCAUCGCCGUCACCGGGUUCACCAUAUGCUCAACGCGCUGCCGCCAUGUCCGCGACGUCUGUGCCGUAUUCGAGCCCGCUGUCGAGAGGAGAGGCCCCAGUUGGCGACGACGAUACGGAUACCGAGGUCGACUCGGCAAAGACGCCUGUUCGGCGCAAGAAAAUCAGACCAGCUUCGGCGAUACCAGCCCCUCGACCUGCAGACAACAGCCUGACCGCGGCGUACAACCAGGUCAACGCCAGUGUUCCGUGUCUGUCGCCUCGUCUGCCCCAACCAGCCGCACUCCCUGCUACGGCGUCAACGACCAGCUCCCACCAGUCGUCCAACCGCCUCAGCUCGUCUCCUUCGACCACCGCCACGUCGAUUACGAGCUCGGGACACAGCCAGGGCAUUGCGUCGUCGACCCAGACUACCCUCAGAAGGAUCACGUCGUUCUCGAAGAAGCAUGGGCGGAGGUUAUCAGGCGGCUGGAAGUUUGGAAGCACCUCGUCGACUUCUUCUACCACCAGUAGCGUGCCCUUACCGACCCUGGAGACGGUCAGCGGCUCGCCAUCCAAGCCAUCAGUUGAGGCGUCGAGGUCUGCGGUUGAGGUACCAAGAUGGGGCGAGGGCGCACCGCUGCCAGUCCAGGCGGUCGACGACUGCCCUGCCCAAACCGCUGUGCUUCCACCGCACCGCUCGACCGACCCUCCGGCGUCGGCUCCGGCUGCAACAACCACUCAACUGAUGGGCGCCGACCCCUGGGCGGACAACGGACUGACAUCUCGCGAAAGUACAGCCAAUGGCAGGCCACCCAAGGAGCGCAGACGCACGUCGUUCAACGACUUUGUCAUUCCCAGCGAGGUCAUGGCUAAGCAGAAGGAUCUCAAGCGUGGCAUUGGCGCCGUCAAGAAGUUUGCAGGCGGCAUCCAAGCCCUCCGGACUCUUGUUGAUACACACGACCGCAUGAUCAGCGACGUCAUCACAAUCGGCUCUGAAGACGACAGCAAGCUCUUUUUCGCCCUCGACAAGGAGUACUCGCAGUGGUGGGAGAUGGCCACGGUGCUCAUCGACGUUGGAUCGACUGGCUCGGCCGACUCGGAUGUGCCCCUUGGCCCGCCGAGCACGUCGUCUUCGAGACAAAUCUCGGGAGCCGAUGAUGCCAGAUCGCACAGCGAGACGUCUACCAAGGUCUCAACGUCGACCAUGGCGACCAUCACCACGUCGCGCAAGUCGACAAUGUCGGACCCGCCCAUCGACGUCUUCCACAGUGGCGUCGGCGGCCCCCCGAAGGCGUCACCUCCUCCUGACCCGUACCGUGCUUCAACUGGCCGCCACGACCUCACCAAGCGCCAACUCGAGGUGCUCCGGACGAUGCUGACGACGCCUGUGGAGGCCAGUGACUCUGUGGUCUCCACGGUGGAUCGCCAAGCGGCUGCGCGGGCCACCGCUGCGCAGGCUCAGGCUCAGGUGGAGCUGUUGCAGACGCCGUCCCAGCAAAUGCCCCCUCAGCAGUGGACCGGCUCACACCGCUCCUCUGUGGUGCCCCCGGUUCCUGCUAGGCAGAACUCUGGACCCAACGGCUCCUCUCCCAACGACGGCUUUGUGUUCCCGUCACCGUCAUACCCUUCGCCCGAGACGGCGGCUAGCCUUGCGCAGCCAAAGGCCCGCUCGGGCAUGACCGGAUUGAAGGACUUUCUCAAGUCGAUGCGCCGCAAGUCGCAGCUCCCGCCUCCGCUUCCUACCGCACAGUCCAUGUCGGGAUCGUCGGUCCAGACACCUGUCAAGCCCAGGCGCAGCCACCGUCCGCCGCCGAUCAAGACGACGAGGAUGGGCUCCUGGGAGUCGCCCCCAGAGUCGCCCCUGCAGACGGCGGCAACUGACGGCAUGUACCAGACGCAGCGGAGCUUCACCACCAUGCCGGUGACUGCCGGCACUGAAGGGUCGCCGCAGGCGUCCAAGAAGCGCCGACCCAGCAUCAAGAAUAUCUUCCGACAGAGCUCUGGCAACUGGGCCGAGUUUAUGCGCUCGACCCCGCCUUCGUCGCCGAAUGGUGUGAUCAGGCCGAGCAACGCGUCGCAGGCGUCACUCGCGCCGCCAGUGGUUGACGGCCGACCGCCUUCGAGGUCAAGGCGGAGCAGCGUGACGAGCAACAUCCCUCGACAGCCGUCGAUCCCCGCGUUGGCCCGGCUCAAGAUGGGCAAGAGCUCGACGUAUGGCUCGCUUGGAGUCGCCGAGUCACCGACGUCGUCGCCGACAAGACCAGGGUCGCGACACCGCCCGUCUGUGGGUCAGGCGGACGCACCGGCAACCCCACCGGUUCCCAAGCCGCUCAUGGGUGAGAGCGACCACACUCUCAGACUCAAGUCGCGUGCUCUGGGCCUGGGUCACCCAGCCGAGGGCAGCCCCCGUGCGCUCUCAUCACCGGCCCGUGCAGGCCCCGCUCCUGACGGGUCCGACCUCGUGCCGGAAGAGGCCCCGCGCUCGCGCUCGGACGGGGGAAUGAGAGCCGGCGGCGACGAUAUUUUCAUUGCGCUCACGCCCGAGAAUCUCCCCGUGCUGCUCGACUAUGCGCGGCAGUGCGAGCGCAAACUCGAGCAGUGGCAUCAGCGCGUAGUGCAUCUCGAGGCGGGCGGAGGGCUGGGCACUGUUACGGGCCUGAUGGCUGGCGCUGGCAAGCCUCCUCCCCGCGUACCGACCUGGGGCAAGGUGUAG